UUAUGAAGUUAAAACUCCCCAAUCCAGGCCUGGAGGAUAGGAUAUUGUCCCAUCAGCAGCUGGACAAGCUGGAAGAUGAAGAGGCCGGAGACAGACCGAAAUGGGACAACAAGACCCAGUACAUGCUGACCUGUGUUGGGUUUUGUGUAGGACUUGGAAAUGUUUGGCGCUUCCCCUACCUGUGUCAGAGUCAUGGAGGAGGUGCUUUUAUGAUACCAUUUCUGAUCCUGCUGAUUCUUGAGGGAAUCCCACUUCUACAUCUUGAGUUUGCAAUUGGUCAACGUUUAAGAAGAGGCAGUUUGGGAGUGUGGGCUACAAUUCAUCCCUAUCUGACUGGCAUUGGAAUUGCAUCCAUGUGUGUAUCUCUGACGAUCAGUCUCUACUACAACACCAUCAUUGCCUGGAUUCUGUGGUACUUCUUCAACUCAUUUCAACAGCCUCUGCCUUGGAGUCAAUGUCCCCUGAAUGCCAAUCUAACAGGCAUUGUCUCAGAGUGUGAGAGGAGCUCCCCUGUGGAUUAUUUCUGGUACAGGGAGACCCUGAACACAACUCCAACGAUUGAAGAGGAUGGCGGUCUGCAGUGGUGGAUACUGUUGUGUCACGUUUGUGCGUGGUCUGUGCUCUAUAUCUGCAUCAUUCGCGGUAUUGAGACAACUGGGAAGGCUGUGUAUGUGACUUCGACCCUUCCCUACGUGGUGCUGACAAUAUUUCUGAUCAGAGGGUUGACCCUGAAGGGCUCUUUGAAUGGAGUUAAGUUCCUCUUCACACCAGAUUUAACAGAGCUGGCGAAGCCUUCAACGUGGCUCGAUGCAGGCGCUCAAGUUUUCUACUCCUUCUCUCUGGCUUUUGGUGGUCUUAUUUCCUUCUCCAGCUACAACUCAGUACACAACAACUGUGAACAGGAUGCAGUGAUCAUCUCUGUCAUCAAUGGUUUCACCUCCGUCUAUGCUGCAACGGUCAUUUACACCAUCAUCGGCUUCAGAGCAACCGAGAGAUUUGACAACUGUCUUUCUGGGAACAUCCUUACAUUACUAAAUGUCUUUGAGCUUCCUGAGGGCGACAUCACUGACAGCAACUACAAUCAGGUUGUUCAGCGUUUUAAUGAAACACACCCUCAGGUUAUUCAAGACCUGGAUCUUAAGACCUGCGACUUGAACACUUUUCUUAGUGAGGGAGUUGAAGGAACUGGUUUAGCCUUCAUUGUGUUCACUGAGGCUAUCACCAAGAUGCCCUUUUCACCGGUGUGGGCCAUCCUUUUCUUCAUAAUGCUCUUCUGUCUUGGUCUGUCUUCUAUGUUUGGUAACAUUGAAGGAGUCAUAGUGCCACUGCAAGACCUCAAAGUGUUCCCUAAAUCAUGGCCCAAAGAAGCUGUCACUGGUUUAACGUGCAUGCUCUGCUGUCUGGUGGGUCUGAUAUUUCUCCAAGGCUCAGGGAACUAUUGGCUUUCACUCUUUGACACCUAUGGAGGAUCCAUCCCACUGCUAGUUGUUGCAUUCUGCGAGAUGGUCUCGGUGGUGUACAUAUAUGGAAUAGACAGGUUCAAUGAUGAUAUAAAGUUCAUGAUUGGACACAAACCCAACUUCUUCUGGCAGGCAUCAUGGAGAGUCAUCAGCCCACUCAUUAUGUUGUCCAUCUUGGUCUUUUACUUCGUUACUAAAGUGUCUGAACAGAUCCUUUACAAAGCCUGGGAUCCUGAAUCGGAUAAAUUCCCUACACUGGAGGAAAAGCUUUAUCCAGUCUGGACCUACGUGAUCAUCUUCAUAUUGGCAGGGAUUCCAAGUCUUGCUGUGCCUUUAGUUUGUGUCUGGAAAUGUUUAAAGACAAAGAAGGGCGAUAAGUCACAACCCUAUAAUAUGUCUGACUAAAUUCAAAUGAACAAUGAAAGCAAAAGAUCCCCAGCGUAAUAUGGAAAAAUCCCCUAUUUUCUUUUUCAAUGUUAUCAUGGUUUAAUCAAUACACUUUAAAAAUAGGAAGCAAAGCUUUUCCUAUUAAUUCAAAGACUUAGUAGUGAUGUGGCUUUCUGCAAGGCAUCAUUUUCAGAACACCAUUCGAAAGAGUUUGCCCUCCGAAAAAACAUUGUAAACUAUGGCAUCAAAGAACCAUAUUGUUUAGUGAAGUAAAAGCCAAAUCUGAUUACUAUUAGCUUUUUAAUAGAGCAAUUGUUUUCUUAUGUCUAAAUAGGUGGCAUUAUAUUGUACAGUCCAAGUUACAUAUAUCUGACCAGAUGGGGUCACUAUUGUGACAGAAGUUCAGAAGUGAAUCAAAUAUGAAUUAAAUCAGCUGCAUAUAUCUUUUUAUUGUUUUGUUCCUCCAUUUGCCAUUUGUAAAGUAAAUUACACCAUGUGUGCUUUAUGCCUCUAUUCUGUGUUUGCCAGUGAAGAAUAAUAGAUGUGAAUGAUUGUAGUCUGUAUGAGUACGAUACAUAUUCAGUAAUCAUAUAUUCAGUCAUUUUGACUGGUGUUUUUGGUGAUAAUGUCUGAUAAGGAACUCCAUAAACAAGGCAUCUGU